GACACGAUACCGACGAACACGCCCGCCUCAACACUAUCGUAUCGACGACGACACGCCGAAAUACGAUCAAUAUGAGUCUCACCUAUGGAUUGGGAGGCAUCGGGAGCUCCCUGCUCGUCGUGGGAGCUUACAUGCUCUUCACGGGCUCCGGAGAGGCGUUCAACGUUGGCGCCUUCCUAGAAUCGACGUCACCCUACUCCUGGGCCUCUCUGGGCGUUUCCCUUUGCAUUGCCCUCUCCGUGGUUGGCGCAGCAUGGGGUAUCUUCAUCACCGGUUCCUCCAUCCUCGGCGGUGGCGUCAAGGCCCCCCGCAUCCGCACAAAGAACCUCAUCUCGAUCAUCUUCUGCGAGGUCGUCGCCAUCUACGGCGUCAUCAUGUCCAUUGUGUUCUCUUCGAAGCUGAGCUACAUCUCUGGCGCCGAACUGCACGACGGAAACAGCUAUUACACGGGCUUCGCGCUUUUCUGGGCUGGCCUGACUGUAGGCAUGUGCAACCUCAUUUGUGGUGUCGCCGUCGGUAUCAACGGCAGCAGUGCUGCCUUGGCAGAUGCCGCGGACCCCAGCCUUUUCGUCAAGAUUCUCGUUGUCGAGAUUUUCAGCUCUGUGCUGGGUCUUUUCGGCCUCAUUGUCGGCCUUCUUGUUUCCAGCAAGGCGACCGAGUUUGGAGGCAAAUAGACAAGGGAUGGGCGAGAGAUGGACCCGCUUCGAAGCUGUCUACAAGUUACAAAAUCAACACCCACGAAAGGAGGCCAGAUGGGCCACGCAAUGAUAUCAGGGGUUCCGCUCGAUGGGCUCAGGCGGUAUCGGGAGCAGCCAGCAGCAGCUUGCAUCACGACCAAGGACGAGCGAGGACUUGGCCAGGCGUCACGGAUAAAGGUCUGGGAGAGGACUUGUCUUAUACUGUAACAUCACUUUUGUUAAUGGACCUGUACACUCAUGGCUGGCUCUUUACACCGCGCUUCGGAUGUUUGUUGCAAAUACAACGCAUCAGGAACUGCUAAACGACUGUCGGAACACAAGGUCCAUGAGAAAUUCACGGGCAGUAGUGUAAUAGCAUUCCCAUAUAUCCC